AUGUCAUCACUUGAUCCUUCUCAACAACAUACUACUCAAAUUCCAACUGGUGGUGUUCCUCCAAUUGGUGAAACUUCACCAUCUUAUGGUAAUAAUGAUAACCACACCACUACAUCAACAAACAAUUCAUCAUCUCAACAACAACAUACUCAAUCAAAUCCUUUCACUGAUCCAUCAUUAAAAUCAACUCAAACUGCUCCAUUAGCUACUGGUUCAUCUGCUUUAGGUAUCAACAAUACUCAUCAAUCAAAUGAUGCUUUUAUUAAUUUAUUAACUUGGAAAAAUCCAAUUUAUACAGGAAAAAUAUUUGGAUCAAUUUUAUUUGGUUUAAUUAUUUUUAAAACAAUAAAUUGGAUUAAAAUAAUUUUUCAUUUAUCAUAUAUUUUAUUAUUAAUUUCUGCAUCAAUUGAAUAUUUAGGUAAAUUAAUUACUGGAAAAGGAUUUAUAACAAAUUAUAAAUUAAGAACAGCUAACCAAAAAAGUGGUAAUGUUUCAAUUGCAAAAAAAUUUAAUAAUGAAAUUUUACCAAUUAUUGGUUCAAUAAAUAUUGAAAUUGAAGAAUUUUUAAAAAAAAUAUUUUAUGCAUCAGAUAUUGAAACUACUUUAAAAUCAAGUGGUAUUUCUUAUAUCUUGUUUAAAUUAACUACUUAUAUUUCAUUAUUUAAUUUAUUUGUUAUUUCAAUUAUUUUAUUAUUUACAUUACCAUUUAUUUAUACAAAUAAUAAAAAAGAAAUUGAUUCAGCAAUUGCAAAAUAUACUGAUUUUACCAAAACAAAAAUUGAAGAAUUAACUUCUCAAGCUCAUAAAUCUGCUGGUCCUUAUUUAAAUGAUUUAAUUAAAAAAUUAGGUCCAAUUGGUGAAUUUAUUCAACAAAAAAUUCCAACUAGAACUGCUGGUUCAACUGUUGGUAAUUCAAAAGCUACUUCUUAUGGCACUGCUGCUGAUACUCAUGGUUCAACUACCACCCCAAGUGGUUCUACUACUACCACCACUAAACCAUCAACUGAAACUUCAACUGGUGUUUCAACUGGUAGAUCACAAUUUCCAAAUGCUCCAACUUCUGGUUUACAUCCAACUACUGUUGAAGAUGUAGGUAAUGAUUCAUUUGAUGAUUUUGCUGAUACUACUCAAGAUUAUAAACCAACUUUACAUUAA